CAGCGGCGCGCAGUAAAUAAAAUCAAACGCACCCUAGCUUUACUCUGUCGGUGGACCACUCACGGGCAGCGGUGAUGUAAACACGGAAGUGCCCAGUGUAAGCAGGUACAAAUAAGAGAAACGAAAUUAAAAACGAACUAGCAUUUGUACACGAGCGAGGUAUCGUUUCCCUUUUAAAAAGUAGGUGGUUAAGUGUCGGAUGGAGAAUGGAGGAAAGACACAAGAAUAUUCUUCAGCGCAACAGGACCAAUUUGGUGAAAGACUUGGACCCAUCAAAACUCUAUGAUGGUCUUCUGGAAAAAGGAGUUUUCACCCACGACAUGAUCGAUGAGAUUAAGAGCUCUGGGACCAGACGCGACCAGGCCAGGCAGUUAGUCCGGGACUUAGAGACCCGUGGAAGUCGAGCCUUUCCAUUAUUUUUGGAGUGCCUUCAGGAGACAGGCCAGCACAGUCUGGCAGAGCUCCUCCAGAAUGGAGUUCCGACAGUUCAACUACAGCCGGCAACACCCACUGAGGUCGUUCGCCCUGUUCUCAAGCCUCUUCCAGUUUCUCCUCCAAUGGAUGUUGAUAAGCAAAGCAAAGAUGAUAUCCCCAUCCAUCCAAUACAGAGACCUGGAACUACUCCCAGUCCAUCACCUGAAAGAGAGUACAUAAGACCAAAGCCACCAGGCAGAACACGGCGGGACAGUAUUCAGAGCUAUAAAAUGGAUGCCAGCCCGUGUGGACACUGCCUCAUCAUAAACAACGUUGAGUUUGAACCUCAGAGCGAGCUGAAAGAUCGCAAAGGGUCCAACAUAGACUGUGACAAGCUGAAGAGAAGAUUCAAGGCAUUAAACUUUAUUGUGGAAGUCAAAACAAACCUAAAACAAAGACAAAUCAAGCAUGAACUGUCAGCAUUGUCUAAGAAAGACCAUUCACAGUAUGACUGCUGUGUGGUUAUCAUGCUGUCCCAUGGGACUGAGGUGAAUCACAACCGCUUCCCUGGUGCUGUGCAUGGUGUGGACGGACAGUAUGUCCCAGUUCAGUAUAUCACAAACUACCUCAACGGCCAGCAUUGCCCUUCUUUACAGGGCAAACCCAAACUAUUCUUCAUCCAGGCAUGUGGAGGAGAUGAAAGAGACACAGGCUUUGAGGUGUCCCCUGAUGAAGUCGAACCAUCCAUCGGUGGAGCAGAUGACCAGACAGACGCCAUUCCGAUGUCAUCCAGCAGCGACUCUCUGAGCAUGUCUGAUGAACCAGACGCCAGAACCUCUCUGCCCACACCGAGUGACAUUCUGGUGUCCUACUCAACUUUUCCUGGCUACGUUUCUUGGAGAGACCCCCAGUCGGGGUCCUGGUACGUUGAGACAAUGGACCGCAUUCUUGAGGAAAAUGCUGCAACUCAUGACUUAGCUACAAUGUUGGUGAUGGUUAACAAUGAGGUCUCCCAAAACUCUGCAAAAGGGCUCUACAAGCAAAUGCCUGGUUCCUUUAACUUCCUCCGCAAAAGUCUCUACUUUCAAACCCAAGCAUCACCAGAGCAAAGUUUAGCUUAAUACAAUUCUCAGUUUCAGUUUCUCAGUUUCACUUUCAGGUUAAAUGUAUGUCUGUUUCAGUGUGGCAAAGCUGGAAUUUCUUGGGAUCAUGUCUCAGCAGAGUAGCUAGAUGUAUGAAUUAGUUAAAUUGUGGCUGCGCUUUGACAGAAAUGACCUUGCAUUACUGUACAUUUCUAUUGUUGGUCAUGUCUUUCUAGGUUUUUAAUCAGUGGCAACUUUUCUAAAUGAACUUUUUAGGCAUAGGUGCCAUCUUGGGGAGAAAACAUUUCUGUAUUGUGAAAAUGUGAUUCAGGUUAGUUUUUUUUUUUUAAAUGAUGUUAACAACACAUAGCAGCUGUCACUUUUCAGGAGCAGAUAAUCAACAUGAUGUUCAGUUUUUGCUCUGCAAAUCGACUUUGCUGACUUUAAUUUUCAGUGUAUUUUUAUAUAAUGAUCUUGUAAACAAAAUGGGAUUUUAUAAAGCAAUUUAAUGAAAAAUGGAGGUGGAAAAUGAGGGAGACUCCAAAGGAUUCGACCCCCACAGCACAGAGCACAGCAACAAAACUGGGACUCCCUCCAAACAUAAAUCUUAACCCACCAGCAGUGGUAGCACGUACACCUCCCUGAAAACCAGAGGGAAAUUAUACCCAUAUUUUAUGUACUACAUUGUGUUGUUGGUGUUAUUAUACAGCAGAUUCUGUUGUCAUUCUCUGUGGGCAUUUUAUGUUGAUGUGACAUGUGCUGCCUUUUGCAUAAUAUAUAGUAUGUAAGACUGAUGGCAUUUGUAAGGUAAAAGGUUCUGUGCUUUACUAGAUUGUAAACUCCAGUAGAUGGUGUCUGUGAGUCACAGAAUACUCUUCACCUUUUGUAAGUCUUGUGGUUCCUCCACUACCACCAGGGGCCGCCAUUGAAAUUAAAGAUGGUCCCAUUGUGUUCAGGUUUCAGUCACUUCACAGCAGCACAAGCUAUUUCAAAUGUAGGUUUAUCUCUCAUAUCUUAAACUGCAAUGAAAUCAUUCUGAAACAAGUCAUGGGACACAUACGUUAUUCCGAUGUUUCUAAUAGCAAAUGGAGGUCCCAGGUAGCAUUAAUGUAUUUGGGAGUCUCAGGAAAUAUAUUAAUAAAUAAAUCAAUUCUGCCA